AUAUAUCGAUUACUUGGUAUCCAUUAAGUUUCCAACACUACAUUAAAAAAACCGGCGGCGUCUUUUCCAUAUUUUUUUGCAAACAAGUAGAAAGUGCACACAGUUAAAGUAAUGGCGGCUUCAUUAAAUGGUGUUUUUCCAUCUACUUUACAAGAAAAAAUUAAAGCCUCCAAACUAUUGGUGGUCGGAGCUGGCGGUAUUGGUUGUGAAAUUUUGAAGAAUUUAGUAUUGUCGGGAUUUCCAGAAAUUGAAAUUAUUGAUUUGGAUACUAUUGAUUUAAGCAAUUUGAAUCGUCAAUUUUUAUUCCACCGCGAGCAUGUGGGUAAAUCCAAAGCACAGGUUGCCAGAGAAAGUGCUUUACAAUUUAAUCCAGAUGUGAAAAUAAAGGCAUAUCACGAUAGUAUUAUGACAACUGACUAUGGAGUUAAUUUCUUCAAAAAAUUCGAUGUUGUCCUUAAUGCUUUAGACAAUCGUGCCGCUCGUAAUCAUGUAAAUCGCAUGUGCCUAAAUGCUGAAGUCCCUCUUAUUGAAAGUGGAACGGCAGGAUAUAAUGGACAAGUUGAGUUGAUUAAGAAAGGUUUGACACAAUGCUAUGAGUGUACUCCUAAAGCUGCCCAAAAGAGUUUUCCAGGUUGUACUAUUCGGAAUACGCCAUCGGAGCCAAUACAUUGUAUUGUAUGGGCUAAACAUCUGUUCAAUCAACUUUUUGGCGAAACUGUCGAAGAUGAGGAUAUUUCUCCUGAUGUGGCAGAUCCCGAAGCUCAAACUGAAAGUGGUGAAGAAAAAUCUGAAAAAGCUGAAGAAGCAGCAGACACUGGAUGUGGUGAUAAGGAAAUGAAAACUGAUGAAGAAGCUGUACCAAAGGACGGUAAUGUGGUUCGUGUAAACACUCGCCAAUGGGCUAAAGACAGCAAUUAUGAUGCCGAAACCCUUUUCAAUAAAUUUUUUUACGAUGACAUUAAAUAUCUUUUGUCUAUGUCCAACCUAUGGAAAUCACGUAAACCCCCAACACCCAUUAAAUGGGAUAGCGUUUUGUUGAAAAAAGGCGAGUCGGAAACCGAUGAGGCUUUCAUGCGGCAAUAUCAUAAAACCUGGUCUUUAGCAGAAUGUGCUGGAGUAUUUGCGGAUUGUUUAAAAAAAUUGAAAACUAAUAUUGAAAAGAUAGAGGAAGGCGAUUCCUUAGUAUGGGAUAAGGACGAUCAACCAGCAAUGGAUUUUGUUGCAGCUUGUGCUAAUAUAAGAGGAUAUAUUUUUGAAAUUGGCCGUAAAUCUCGCUUUGAAAUUAAAUCAAUGGCUGGUAACAUUAUACCAGCGAUCGCUACUACUAAUGCCAUUACAGCUGGAGUGGUCGUUUUACAGACCUUUAAGGUUUUACAAAAAGAACUGGAUAAAUGCAAGUCUGUAUAUAUGCGCUUGAGACCCAAUCCCCGUCAACAGUUAUUAGUUCCCGAAAAGUUCCUUACCGCUCCCAAUCCCAAUUGUUAUGUGUGUGCAGCUGAGCCCGCCAUACAUUUGCGUAUUGAUACUAAGCGUAUGCAUAUCAAAGAAUUUCGUGAUGAAGUAUUAAUAAAAACUUUAAAUAUGGUUAAUCCGGACGUUAUAGUGGAUGCAAAGGGUGUUGUGGUCAUCUCAUCGGAAGAGGGAGAAACUGAAUGUAACGAGGGGAAAUUAUUGUCUGAAAUGGAUAUUGUUGAUGGCGUUAUUCUUAAAUGUGAUGACUUCUUCCAAAACUAUGAGCUAAGUGUAAUUAUCAUGCACAUUGAUGCUGAACGAGAUGAACCUAUGUUUGAAGUUAUUGCUGAUAAAAACCAACUAAAACCUAAAGAUGAGACAAAAGAGGAUCCCGCUUCAAAUGAAAAGGAAAAUGGCAAAAAAGAUGACAUGGCCGAUGGCCCGUCCACAUCAAAGAAGGCGCGUAUCAGUGAAGUUAUUGAAGACGAUGAUGAUGAUUUAUGCGUUAUAGAAGAUGAUGACGAUGAUGUUGUAGAAGUUAAAGAACCUUCGGAGGUAACAACUGAACAAGUCACUGCUGCUACCGAUAAAUUGAAAGUGACAAGUCCGGAUAAGCCUGUUGCCAUGAAACGUAAACCAACCGCUGACGACGAUGUCACAGAAGUAUUAGAUUCCGACGACGAAAGUGGUCCCACCCAAUCGAAACGUUCUCGAACAUCAGCUCCUGAAGUCGCCGGAGAAGUAAUAAAUAUUGAUUAGUUUUUUAUAAUAAUUCGAUUCCAUCUGUAAAAUUUUUUCAUUUGAGUUGAAAAUAAUUCAUUUAAAUAAAGAUAAUUGGUGUAAUGUGUUUCCACUGUAAAAUAUAAAAGUAAA